AACUUCCCGCUCCCGAAGAACCCAUUCCCGUCGCCCUCUUAUCCUCUCUCUCUCUCUCUCUCUCUCUCUGCCGCCCGCCUCCUCUUCUUCUCGAUGGCGCUCCACUCUUCUGCACCGAUGCGCCCGACUCCCGUCCACCUCACCUCCAUCAAACGCCCCCGGGUUCUCCUCCGGCCCGGCCCCUUUCGCACGUCCGCCAUCUCCUCCGCCCUCAAAGCCCGCUUCGUCGCCAAGCGCACCGAAGCCACCUCCGUCCAACAGCUUCAGCGCCCCCUCGUGGAGUACAUGAGCCUGCCGGCGAGCCAGUACUCUGUUCUGGACGCGGAGCGAAUCGAGCGCGUAGAUGAGAACACGUUCAAGUGCUAUGUGUACCGUAUCAAGUUCUUUGCUUUCGAGGUUUGUCCUGUUCUUGUGGUUCGGGUCGAGGAGGAACCUUAUGGGUGCUGCAUCAGGCUCUUGUCUUGCAAGCUGGAAGGUUCGCCGCUGGUGGAAGCUCAGAACGAGAAAUUCUCAGCUUCGAUGGUGAAUAGAAUUUCCUGCAACAAUUAUAUGGGAAAUUUAGAAAUGCAGCAGCUUACAACAGAUACAGCUAUUGAGGUCACUAUUGAAAUUCCUUUUGCAUUUCAAGUGAUGCCUGUAGAAGUGAUUGAAUCCACUGGUACCCAGGUCCUUGAACAGUUGUUGAGAAUAAUGCUUCCACGAUUUUUGAAGCAGCUUGUUAAGGACUACCAGGCUUGGGCGUCAGGUGACACCUCGAGGCAGCCUCUUGGAACGGGUGAACUUUGAAGCGGGUAGAAGAAAAUGGUGGUGGAACCUCGUUAUAGAAUUUGCUUUUGUUUGGUUUGGCUUUAGUGUCCAUAUCGUGUCUUUACAUGGUUAGUCCAUCUAGAUAUUUUAAUGAUCUCCAGCUGAGAUUGAAGUUAAAUGCAAGUGGUACUUGCUUA